GUAUGAAAAAUGUCAUCAAUGGAGGUGGUGGAGUGCUUGGAUAAGUAUCAAAAACUAGAACUGAUUCACUACGGGAAGUUUGCUUCUGUUUGUUUUGGAAAGUUGAAAAACAGACCCCAUCCUGCGACAGUUGCGAUUAAACAAAAUUUCAGAUUCGGUUUGGCCGAAAUCAGAGCCUACAAAGAUUUGAAAAACUGUGACAAAAUUCUAAAAGUCUUCGAUAUAUGCGAUAAUUACAAAACAAUCGUAUUGGAGCUAUGCAUGAGUAGCUUGUAUGAAUUACUUGGAUGUCAAUCGCUCUGCUUGCCACAACAGAAAAACGUUAUACAUCAAUUUUUGAAUGCCUUAGAAGCUAUCCAUUCAAAAAAUUUUGUGCACAGAGAUGUUAAAUCGGCAAAUCUCCUGAUGACUUUCGACGGAGUAUUGAAAAUUGCUGACCUGGAAGGGAUGCUUGAAAAUAACGUCAACAUGGCAAAUUUCAAAGCUGGUACCCCUGGAUUCACCCCACCUGAAGUUCUUAUAAGUACCUCAACUUUGGCUGUGAACAUCAGUAUGGAUUUGUGGUCGGCUGGCAUAACUCUGUUUGAAAUAUUGACAAACGUCAGUAAAGACCUUAUUGACCAUGUCAAAAUGUCUGAAAUAAGAUCUAUUACUAAUGUUUUCGGAUGUGUUGCUGGACCAUAUCUGUCCAGUUUACCUGGUUACGAAGAAUACUAUGAAUGGGCCAAAUUUUACGAGGAAAGAAAUCUUGCAGACACACUGAGAUUACUGAUGGCAGAGAACACUCAAGCCGAAAUGGAUAUAAUUGAGAAACUUUUGAAAGUGGAGCCGUCUGAGAGAGCUUCAGUCAGUCAACUGCUCGAAUCUGAUUUUUUUUCUGUUGAGCCCCUUCCGUCUGCAGACUUGACAGAGGCCAUUGAAGGCUUCAUGCGAAAUCAAAAUAUUGAAAGACCACCACCACACGACGAACCUGAACUAAAUUGGGAUAAUAUUGUACUUCCAGAUGAAGAGCCACUCAGUCCACCACACGACGAUACACCAUCAAACGACGAUACAUUCCUCGAUUGGAAAAAUAUUGUACUCCAGAUUAAGGCCUACUCAGUCUUGAUUCCCAUGGAGAAGAAGAGAAAAACAAAGAAUUCAAUAUGUGAAGGAUUAGGAUUCAAGAAGUUAUCAAUAGUAACAUAAGUUAUCGAUUUUGUUAUCAAUUCUCUUUAUGUUCAUUAUUCGUCUUUAUGUUCAUUUCAUACAUAUCUCACAGUUAUUCAAGUUGAUUAAUAUUAAGAGAAUCUUUUUAGUAGAGACAAGUUUGUCUGAGGUACUUAAUGUCUGAUUUAAUGAUUACUCAAAUACAAAAAUGCUGCGCUAAUUACAUAAUGCUGAUACUUGAGUUAUUAAAGUUUGGAAUUAAAAUGAUGUUACCUCUAAGAAAUCAAUCAAUCAUU